AUGCACCACAACAUUUGUUUAUCGAGAUUAUCACAAUCGUCCAUUGCGCGCCGAAUUCACUGUUUUAUCUCAUGCACUAACUGUCAAUGUCGUUGUCGAACAGGAAGACAGACUGGAAAUAUGCAAACGCAAACACCGCUCGCAGUGGUACAAAGGGGGGUAGCUACUUGCAUGAGAGGUAAUAUCUACAAUGUCCACCUGUUCAUCAUGAUAUCGAGGAAGAAGAUACGUAGGGGUAGACUCGAGCAGAUACAGGUUUGUUUGUCGCUAUGUCCUACGAGUUUGUCACAAAAAGGUCGGGACGGGUCGGAGAUCAUAGAGACGCCCUAAAAUCGAUUUCGUAAG